AUGACUUCAAACGGUGAUAACAGUGUUGUUGUGAACACUACUUCUGGUCGAGUGAGGGGACAGACUAUUCACGUGUUGGACACCAGUGUUGACCAGUUUCUGAACAUACCGUUCGCCGAACCACCGGUCGGUGCCCUUAGAUUCGCAAAACCAGUUCCCAUUCAAAAGCCAUUUGAUGGUAUUAUGGAUGGCACCAAAAUGGGCAAUGCCUGUCCACAAAGGGCUUCCCAGUACUCAUCGAAUACGUACGUUGAGGACGAAGACUGUUUGGUACUAAACAUAUGGACACCAAAUAUGGGAAACAAUAGCUCAUCGAAACAAACAUCUCUAAAACCAGUCAUGUUUUGGAUAUAUGGCGGGGGAUUAGCCACGGGGUCCAUCUCAAAGUUUAACGGCGGACCACUGGCCACACAUGACAUCGUGUUUGUGGCCGCAAACUAUAGAUUAGGUCCCUUAGGCUUCCUAUAUGGAGGUCGGGAGGACGCGCCCGGAAAUCAGGGUUUUUAUGACCAGUUAUUAGCACUCAAAUGGGUGAGAGAUAAUAUUCAUGCUUUUGGUGGGGAUAGGGAUGAGAUCACUAUAUUUGGUGGCAGCGCCGGCAGUUGGUCCAUAUCGGCGCAUAUAUUGUCUCCCCUAUCAAAGGGUCUGUUUAAGAGGGCUAUUAUGCAAAGCGGUGCCCAUUUGUAUAAUAAGGACAGGGAUGUGAUCACCAAAUCUGAAGCCUUAGCUCAGGCCAAAGGAUUAGCUAAACAACUGAAAUGCAGUGAAUCUGAGGAUUGGUUAGAGUUCCUGAGAAAAGUUGACGCAAAAGAGUUGGUUAAGUACGCAAACCCAACCAACUUUCCACUGGUGGGCACAGAAUACCUGCCCUUACCUACACAACAGGCACUCCAAGAUAAACUAUACUAUUCAGACAUUGAUUUAAUGGCCGGUUGUUUAUCAAACGAGGGAUCAGUACUGUCCAGAGGUAUACUCCCAGCCAAGGAUGACCUGACUUUGGAUGACUUUAAGACAUCCGUUAAUAUAGUAAACCAAAUAUUUAAGGACAUAGACGUGCAAAAAGUGGUCAACUAUUAUGUCAAAAAUGGCGACACAAGUAGUUCACUGGCUCUGAGACGAGGGUUUUAUGACUUUUUUGGUGAUAUAAUCAUGAAAAUGCCGACAUUUCUGUUCGCCAAACAAUUUGCCACAAAUGGUCGAAAUAAUGGCAAAAAUGUCUACUUUUAUGAAUUGACUUUUCAGAGCAAGUCGUUCGCAGAGAUGUAUAAAUGUAAUGAUGAGAUCUCCGGCAUAGGCCACGGCAUGGAAAUACCGUUUGUGUUUGGCGUGCCUUUCAUACCCGGCCAACAAAUGCCGUUCACCGACACGGAGAGACAGUUCAGUCGGGACGUCAUGAAAAUGUGGACUAAUUUCGCUAAAUAUGGUACUCCGGACCCAAAUUGGCCGCAAUUAUUGAGUGAUGAAAAUGUGCCAAAAGUUAAGAAUUUAAAUCCCAACCCAAGUGUUCAAGUAUUUGAUGAUCCAUACGCUACUAUUUAUAAUGAAUUUUGGAAAGACUAUUAUUUAUGAGUAAAACAUACAUAAAUAUAAUCUAUAC